GCUUUCACUCUGAAAACGAUAAGAAUAAUACAGAUAGCCUUUACUCUGAAAACUGUCAGAACGAUGCAGAUAAGUUUCUUUUCGAGAACUGUCAAAAUGGCAUGGAUGAAUUUCUUUCUGAAACUAUCAAAACGAUGGAUGAGGUGGAAAUGAAACUCAAUCAAUAUGCAAGAGCAACUGGAUUUACCUUAUGUCGAAAACAUCUUGAGCUUGAUGGUGAUGGAAUUAUUAGAUGUCGGACGUUUGAGUGUAGCUUUUCCAGUACACCCACCUCUAAUCAAAUAAUUGAUUUAACUCAACAACAUCAAGUUACAAGCAUUGUUAGAGACCACAAUCAUGAUAUGAUAUCUGAUGUACAUUUAUAUGCUUUCAAGUACCACAAGUUGUCAGAAGAAAUAAAAGAAAGGAUUAGAUUUUAUGUUACUAAAGGCAACAUGGAGUCAAAACAAAUAUAUCCACUGUUGGUAGCAAGUUUUCCAGAUCAAUAUAUUCAUAAAAGGGAUCUUUACAAUAAGGUUCAAAAGAUUAAAGCACCACUUACCAAACGGCAUGGAGAUGCACAAAAUAUAAUUAAUAAAUUACUUGCAUUAAAGGAUCAAGAAACCGAGUGGAUAAUUUAUACUAGAAUUGAUCUGUUUGAUAAUCACCUCAGUACACAAAGGGUAGAAGUUAUAAAUCAGUUAAUUAAGGAUGAAACUAGUAGUAUGUCUUCAUUAUGUAAUUUACAUGACCAAGUUCAAAAUUUGUUAGAUGGUGAGGCUACAUGGGCUUGGUACAAUAUAUAUCUUCAAAGUCUUCCAACUAACCAAGCACCAUCAAUCAUUGAACCUUUAUUUCCUGAAGUCAUCAAAUUAAUGACUAAAUAUUUAACACCACACAUCUUAUUAGUUCAAUGGCAACAAAUUACUGGAUCAUUAUUAUAUUGGGCUAGAAAUAUUUCAAAAGAAAUAAUUAAUAAUAUAAAGACAUCUCUUCAAUUUCUUUUAGAAGAGAUAGAAUCAUCUGAUAUUAUAGAGGAUAGCAAUGACAAACCAUUAACAGCCGAUUUACAUAUAUUUAAUAAGCUUAGAGUGCCAGAUACAUUCACAUAUAAAGUUAGACAACGUGUGCAAAGAAAAGCUAAAUACAUAUAUGGAUUUGAAAAAAUGAAAAAAGCUCUCAAUUUAGCAUUAGAUUUGGAUUGUGAGGAAGAGUUUAUUAAUAUGGUUAACAGAUUUAUAGAUUGCAAAAAAAAUUAUAUCAAUGAAACAAAUAAAAUUAAUAAUUCCCAUAUAUCUGAUCCUGUUAUUCAGAAACAAUGUGGUCAUUCUCCAACCAAGAGAAUUAAAUUAGUAUCUGAAACCAGCAUACAUUGUAUUAAUUCAAAAAGUAGUGCAAUUAAUCCAGUUGAUCCAAAUUUAUAUGUGCAACAACAUACUCCACAAGUAGCUUCAUUAAGGACUCCCUUUCGUGCUCUCAAUUCUGACAACUCUGAAAGAAAUAUCUGUGUGUCAUCAGACAAUAUUAAUGUAAACAUUUAA